GCCAUUUUGGCUCCUGAUCGAGACGAGUUGUGUGAUUGGGCUCCAGGCGCCGCUAUCGGAGCCAAUCAGAGGUGAAACGGGCGGCGGAGCAGACGACUUCUGUUUCUUGCUGAUCUCAUAACUCUUAAACCACAGCAGUCAGAAGGCCAACAUGGAGCAGUACACAACCACCACGACAACUAGUGGAGAGCAGAUAGUGGUGCAGGCCAGCGGCGGACAGAUCCAGCAACAGGGCACAGUGACUGCGGUGCAGUUGCAGACUGAGCCUCAGGUAGGCCAGACUGCAGCCCAGCAGGUUCUUCAGGUAGUCCAAGGGCAGCCUCUUAUGGUUCAAGUCAGCGGCGGUCAGCUCAUCACUUCCUCUGGGCAGCCCAUAAUGGUUCAGGCCAUGACAGGAGGACAAGGUCAAACCAUUAUGCAAGUACCGGUAUCUGGUACACAGGGGCUGCAGCAGAUUCAGUUGGUUCAGCCUGGUCAGAUUCAGCUUCCUGGUGGACAGACUUUACAGCUACAGGGUCAGCAGGGUCAAACUCAACAGAUCAUCAUUCAACAGCCACAGACCGCAGUCACUGCAGGACAAAACCAGGGUCAACAGCAGAUUACAGUACAAGGUCAGCAAGUGGCUCAAACCGCUGAAGGACAGACCAUCGUAUACCAGCCUGUAAAUGCAGACGGGACCAUCCUACAGCAGGGAAUGAUCACCAUUCCUGCUGCAUCUUUAGCAGGAGCUCAGUUAGUCUCAGCUGGAUCCAACACAAACACCACCAACACCGGUCAGGGCACAGUUACAGUCACUCUCCCCAUGGCUGGAAACAUGGUCAAUGCUGGAGGAAUGGUCAUGAUGGUGCCAGGCGGUAGCAAUUCAGUUCCCACCAUGCAGCGCAUUCCUCUUCCUGGAGCAGAGAUGUUGGAGGAGGAACCUUUGUAUGUUAAUGCAAAACAGUAUCACCGGAUACUCAAGAGGAGACAAGCUCGCGCCAAACUGGAGGCUGAAGGCAAAAUACCCAAAGAGAGAAGAAAAUACCUGCAUGAGUCUCGUCAUCGUCAUGCUAUGGCCAGGAAGCGUGGAGACGGUGGACGCUUUUUCUCUCCGAAGGAAAAGGAAGAAAUGGCCCUGCAGGCCAUAAAGGUGAGCGAGGGGCUUGAGCUCAGCUCUCAUUGGCCAGCCACCUCUGCCCCGCCUCUGGGGUAAACUAGCCAAUCCCAGCCCAUGUCCCACCCAAGAGACUCAACUCACUAUAUAAUACAUCUAAUUUAAUGUAGAUCAUCCAUAUGCUGCGGCCCUGUGCCCAAGCUACCUCAUGCGUCUGUGACAUACUCAUGUCCGACCUGUGUUUGUCUGUGAGUUCAUUGACAAUUUCCAACCAAUUAAACUGAACAUGCAUACUAAGAACUUAGUAUAUAUGUUCUGUUAUAUAGCAUAAACUAAAUACAGUGUACAGUUUAGUCCCCAUGUUCGUAAAUGCUCUGCCGCCUUUCACAAUUUAACUGCAUAUAUUUUUGAGCAGCUUCAGAUGUAAACAUAGGCGGUCUUGUUUUAAAUGUCUGACUGCUAUUUUAAAAGAAAAUCUUCAACUUUGACGUCUUUCGUGCUGUCUGCAUUUCUGCUGUUUGUUUCACCAUGCUGUGUAAACCUCUACCCAAACCGCUUGUGAUACUCACUGGAUGCUGAGAUGUAUUACGCCGUGUUUAUUUGUUUCUUUUUACCAUCUCGAGUAGUCAUUCAAAGUGAUCUGUUUUCAUUUGUGAUGUAUGGCUUGGCUUGUGCCCUUCAACGCUCUUCUGUCUUUGGCUUUGUUGUUGCUUUCUGCCGUUUUGUGUUCUUACAGCAGGCUGUAUGUGGGCUCUUGUUGCAUUUACAUUGCAUUUCUGUUUGUCACUUGAUUUAAAUACAUGCUCUUUUUAAGCAAAUAAACCUUUGUUCUUGAUUUGUA